AUGAACCCCUUCUUCUUGGUCACAUACAUCUACCUAGUAGUAGUCAAUAUGAUCAAUGCCGGGCCCAUCAACGCCAGUCCCCGGUACGUUUGCUUCAUCACGAAGCCGCCCGACUACGGGUGUAUGGAGAGCGAGUGGCAACCGGAAGCGGCUGCCAUCCUUUUUAUACAUGAAUCGACCAUCUACGGGCCGUUGGAUGCUUGGGGCUCCUCAAACGAGCCCAACAUCCUGGCACAAAUCCAAGUCCCGUACCUUGACCUGAUGGCGGCUCGGCAGAGUGGCAAGAACCCCGGAGACGCCUCCUCGGUACCGACGCCAACAACGGGCCCCGAGAGCCCAGGAGACGCCGCCUCGGCACCGUCGCCAACGACGGGAGCGGAGAGCCCAGGAGAUGCCUCCUCGGUACCGACGCCAACAACGGGCCCCGAGAGCCCAGGAGACGCCGCCUCGGCACCGUCGCCAACGACGGGAGCGGAGAGCCCAGGAGAUGCCUCCUCGGUACUCGCGACGUCAACGGAGGGCCCAAAGAUGCCGGAAGUCGAGCCAACGCCGGACGUCGUUCAGAGUGGGGCCCAUCGUCCUGCAGGCCCGCUGAUGCUGGCAAUCGUGGCCCUAACAUAUGUGCUCCGCGGGCUG